UCAGGGUGAAUUUUAGGUUAUAUUUAUUAUUUUUGUUAGUAUCUUUAUUUCAUACCUAAAAACAUAUUUCAAAGUUGUACCAUCCCAGUGGAAAAAAUAUUAAAUAAUUUAAACAUAAUGGAAAACAGGUUAAAGUCACUUAAGCACAGAGACUUAACAUUGGGUGGUUCAAAGCCCAAAAAAAUAUUUAUGCCAAAUUUAAAUGUGACAAGAAAUAAGGACAAGAAUGGCAUCAACAUAAAAAGUGAAUUUAAGCCAAAAUUGAAUAACAGAAGGGAUUUAAAAAAUAACAAAAAAGUCUUUGACAAAGCAGAAAGAUUUGUUCAGUCCAGUGGUAUUUUCUCUGAUGGAAUGGGAGGUGAGGCUUUAAAAAGGGCAAGAUUUGAGUCUCCGAGAGAGGAUACUGGCUCAGCCUCUAUGCCUGUGCCAAAAGUUAAAAAAGAUGAAUGGAAAGUUGAUAGUAAAAAAGAAACGAAGGCCUAUGAUGAUAUAAUGAAAUAUCAUGACUCUUCCAUAGAGGAUGAUGACAUAACUACCUUCAACCCAAUCUCCUGGAAUGAAGCUGACCUUAAGGAAAGUAAAGCAUUUAUUAAACCAGAAGUUAAAUCAGAACCAGGUGUGGAAAUGAGUAAGUUAAAAAUUAAAGAUACUACUAUCCCAGAAGAGUUUCAACACACUGAACUUUAUAGUGAUUAUAAUCCAGCUUUAAUGUUAUGGAAGGUCCCAGAUUCUUUUGCAGCUAAAGGUUUAAGUGAUGAUCCCAAUGAUCAAAAAUGUUUUGAUUAUAAAUUAAGUGAUAUGCUCGAGGGUCAAAUUGGUAAAAUGAGGAUUCAUAAGUCAGGCAAAAUUGAUGUUUAUUUAGGGUCUGUUAGAUAUGAUAUUGAACCUGCAGAUUUAGAGUCAUUUUUAGAGAAAAUUGUAGCUAUUGAUGUGAAAGGGCCACAAAAUGCUUCCAGUUUAGUUUUAGGUCAAGUUCAAAAAAGGUUUAUUUUAAAUCCUGACUGGACAAAUCUAAUUGAAUGAUAUAAAUUUAGGUCAUCUUGGAACAGAAAGAAAUUAAAUAGCUUUUUUCCAGUGGUUUUUUUAAGAAGCUUUAUUGAGAUGAGACUAUUUAUUGGUGUGGAUUGGCUUAUGUAUAUUAAAACUUGACAAGUUCAAUAGCUAUCUAGUGAUUAAAAUGAUUGACAGUGACUUAUUAAAUUUAGAAACAUGUGAAAAAUGGAAAUUUGAAAUUUAUGACCCCACCAAUAAUCAGUUUUGUAUAUACUCAUUAUAAGCUUUAUUGUAAUAUUUCCUUAUUUUUUUUAAUUAUAAAUAAGUUUAAAAAACAUGCACAAGGAUUUAUAUUAUGGGUUAGAAUGGUUAGGUACAAUUUGAGACAUUUCUAUUAAAAGUAAGUCUAUUUUUUAAUAUUACUUUAUUGACAAAUGUGUUUGUAUAGUAGCCACAAACUUUAUUAUUUUCUUUACCUCA